GAUAUCGAGUCAGAAGAGAGUGAAUCGUCUACUUCAUCAGCAACUACCAUAUCCAAAAAAAAAAAGCGAAUACCUAAACUUAAUGAUCUCGAUGCAGAUGAGCUACGCAUUGCUGAAACGAUAACCCUGUUACGUAAAAAGUAUCACUGUACACCACAUGAUCGACCAUGUUAUAUUCAAAAUUAUCAUCAUCUCAGAUUGACACCAUCGCAUCUUCGACUUUGGGCUCAUGAAAUUUUGCAUGGAGGAUCAAUAGAAAAUCCACCAACGUUACCACUAUUUGGCAUAAGCUCCAGUAAAGAACUACGUACACCGCCGCAGCCUACUCAACAGCCAUAUCUACCUCUACAACCCCAGUACUAUGCAUAUAUCCCAUCUUAUCCCUCUCUUCCACCAUUAUCUCCGCAAUCUCACUCAGCUGUUUCAUCGCCUCUAAAGAAA